AUGGCCGAGCCAGCGCCAGCACCCGCAUCAACACCAGCGUCAACAUCCUACGAGAAAAUGCAGCACAUCCUGGGCCAGUGUCGCGAGUCCCGCAAGCUAGUGCUUUUGAUUGUCGCCAUUGGACUCCUACUGGACAACAUGCUGCUCACUUCAGUCGUGCCCAUAAUUCCCGCCUUUCUCUAUGAGCUACAUCACUCAAAAGACAUGGUCGCACUCAAUGAAUCCUACCAAACUUCAACGCCCACACCGGCACAAGAAUGGAACCGACGAGUGGAGCAAAACCUUGAAGAUUCGCAAAUACUGGCGCAGUUAAAGUGGGCAACAACAAACAGUAAACUUAAUCCUCAAUGUGAAAAAGCGGUCUGUGAAAAAGGAGUAAACAAUGGAAGUUAUUUCAAACUUUUCUUGCAGAUUGAAGAGUACCUGAUGACGACGACGGAUUUAACCACCACCACCGAAGAGGCGACAACCCUUCCUCCUUCUGAUGAGCAGGUGCUUCGACACAGAGAGCUUGUCGGUGAGAGCACCGAAGUGGGUGUAAUGUUUGCAUCAAAGCCGAUCGUUCAAGCAAUUACCAAUCCAUUUGUGGGCCCUCUUACCAACAAAAUUGGCUACUCCUGGCCACUUUUUGCAGGCUUGAUUAUGCUUUUCUUCUCAACAAUGCUUUUUGCAGCCGGCUCAACUUACUCUACGCUGUUUAUGGCGCGAUCUCUUCAAGGCGUUGGUUCUGCUUUUACCAGCGUGGCCGGCAUGGGACUGCUUGCUGAAAAGUACCCAGAUGACCGAGAAAGAGGCAACUCUAUGGCGAUUGCACUAGGUGGACUGGCACUCGGCGUGCUCAUCGGACCACCUUUUGGAGGUGUUUUGUAUGAGUUUAUUGGCAAGAGUUCGCCGUUUAUCAUUUUGGCAUUGCUGGCUCUAAUGGACGGAUGUCUGCAACUGCUGGUGCUUCAACCUAAAGUGAUUGAAGAGGAGCAAGAAGGUGCAUCCCUUCUCACGCUAAUUCGCGACCCCUAUAUCGUUGUGGCAGCUGGUGCAAUUACAUUUGCCAACUUGGGCAUUGCCAUUCUCGAGCCGUCCUUGCCACUUUGGAUGAUGGACACAAUGCAGUCAUCCAACUGGGAGCAAGGUGUCGCUUUUCUUCCUGCGUCCAUCUCUUACCUCAUAGGCACCAACAUUUUCGGUCCCCUUGGUCACCUAAUGGGCCGGUGGCUGGCUUCCCUUUGUGGUCUGGUCAUAAUCGGCUUUGCUCUGCUCAUUAUUCCAUUGUCUACCAGUCUUUCUGAGCUUAUCAUUCCCAACUCUAUGAUUGGAUUUGCCAUUGGAAUGGUUGACAGUUCAAUGAUGCCGCACCUUGGAUACUUGGUAGAUAUUCGACACACUUCAGUUUACGGAAGCGUAUACAGUCUUGGAGACUUUGCUUUUUGUCUUGGCUUUGCCGUUGGCCCAGCACUUAGCUCGACGCUAGUUUCGCUUAUCGGUUUUGGUGGCUUGUGCACGACCACGGCAAUUGUGUGCUUCUGCUUUGCACCGUGCAUGUUGAUGCUUCGAAACCCGCCCGGAAAAAAUGAAAACAAAAUUCUUCUUAAUGAGGGUGCUGUGAAAUAUGUGAGCUACACAAAUGAGGAAACUCCCGAUGAGGAUCCUUCUAAGCCAAAGGCUUUUGAAAUGGUGCCCUAG